AAAUUUGUACCGAUGUCAACCAUGGAGAACCCGGAAAACAUUGUGUGGCAUAAGUGCUCGGUGGAGAAACUUGAUAGGCAACAAUUACUUAAGCAGAAAGGCUGUGUCAUAUGGAUUACUGGUUUAAGUGGUUCAGGUUUGUUUCUAUUCUCUUUUGCUAUAUGAAAUGCUAAUUGGCGUCGCAGAAGCAAUCUUUGUUAUCUGCACAUGCCCACAAUGUUUCAGCUCUUUUCUUACAUAGUUAAACUUGCGUAGAAGUAAUCAUGCUGAUACGGCAUAUAACCCUUCUGGCAUUAUGCAUCUCAAUAACCAGAAGGCAAGGUGAUGAUACCUGCAUGAAAGGAAAAAGCACUGUGGCAUGUGCUUUGAGUCAAGGCUUGCACAUGAGAGGAAGGCUAACCUACAUACUUGAUGGUGACAACGUUCGUCAUGGUCUAAAUCGUGAUCUUAGUUUCAAAGCAGAAGAUCGUGCAGAAAACAUACGAAGAAUUGCCGAGGUAGCUAAGCUCUUUGCGGAUGCUGGCGUCAUUUGUAUUGCUAGCUUAAUAUCUCCCUACGGAAAGGACCGAGAUGCCUGCCGUGCAUUAUUUCCUGAAGGAGAUUUUAUUGAGGUGUACAUGGACGUGCCGCUGCACGUGUGUGAGAAUAGGGACCCAAAGGGACUCUACAAGCUUGCACGAGCUGGAAAAAUCAAAGGCUUUACAGGGGUUGAUGAUCCAUAUGAGCCACCAUUAAAGUGUGAGAUAGUAUUGCAGCAGAAGGGUACGGAUUGUGUCACCCCAGGCGAGAUGGCUGAAACCGUGAUAUCAUAUUUGGAGGAGAAAGGGUAUCUGCAGGCGUGAUAGAAGAAAAGGUCUUUAAAGUUGGUUGGUUGGUACCAGUUGCGGCCUUUCCUGCAACGUAACAUCCUACAAAGAACAUAGUUUUACCAGGGAAGAAGUAAAACGAAGAUGUAAGUUAUUUUCUCGUUCCCUGCAGCUAGGAAAUUGUUCGUUUCCUGCAUAAUCCAGUUCCUUCCAUCGAGUUAAUUAAUCGAUUUAUUUUGUUUGAAAGCUGCCUUGCGCAAUGUGGCUUUCGAACAUUCAACUAGCAAUAAAGUAGUGGAAGGGAAGUUAGGGGAGGAAUUUCAUGUUUUCAGUGUCAUUGUGUAAUGAAGUUGGACGUCUAGAUAGUUGUCGUGGAUGCUCGUGCUUGAUUGGAUAUACAAAGUUUAUGCUGAGGUGGCUGGGGGGAUCAAAACAGCGUCGUCUUGAUCCUUUUAUUAUUGUCCUUUUUACGGCCUUACCCCUCACAAAACCUAAAAGCCAAUUUUCCUUGCACAAUUCUUUAUCUUUCUUCCUUCUUAAUUUACGGGAAAUCUCUCCCAUCUUAUUGUAAAAUAUAUGUUUAAGCUGAAUAUGCAGUUGGUUUUAAGAUUU